AUCCAAGACAUCACAAUCGAGGAGACCGACAACAAAGAGACGCAGUCGGCGAAGGACGCUCUGUUGCUAUGGUGUCAGAUGAAGACGGCCGGCUACCACAAUGUGAACGUGCGCAACUUCACCACAUCCUGGCGAGACGGGUUGGCGUUCAACGCCAUCAUCCACAAGCACCGGCCCGACCUGCUGCACUUUGACAAGCUCAGCAAGUCCAACGCCAUGCACAACCUCAACACCGCGUUCACUGUUGCCGAGGACAAGCUGGGCCUCACCAAGCUGCUCGAUCCUGAAGAUGUAUUCGUGGAGCAGCCGGACGAGAAGUCGAUCAUCACGUACGUGGUGACGUAUUACCACUACUUCAACAAGAUGAAGCAGGAGACGGUGCAGGGCAAGCGUAUCGGGAAGGUGGUGGGCAUCGCGAUGGACAACGACCGCAUGGUCAGUGAGUACGAGCGCCUCACCUCCGACCUGCUGCUCUGGAUUCAGGCCACCAUCGACUCGCUCGGCGACCGCCGCUUUGCCAACUCACUCGUUGGCGUGCAACAGCAGCUCGCACAGUUCAGCAACUAUCGCACCGUCGAGAAGCCGCCCAAGUUUGUUGAGAAGGGCAACCUUGAAGUGCUGCUUUUCACACUGCAGUCGAAAAUGCGCGCUAACAACCAGAAGCCUUACACGCCAAAAGAGGGCAAAAUGAUAUCGGACAUCAACAAGGCGUGGGAGAGGCUGGAGAAGGCAGAACACGAACGAGAGUUGGCUCUAAGAGAGGAACUCAUCAGACAGGAGAAAUUGGAACAGCUGGCGGCUAGGUUCAAUCGCAAGGCGAGCAUGCGCGAGACAUGGCUGAGCGAGAACCAGCGGCUGGUGUCGCAGGACAACUUUGGAUGCGACCUGGCCGCAGUGGAGGCGGCCGCCAAGAAGCACGAGGCCAUCGAGACGGACAUCUUCGCCUACGAGGAGAGGGUGCAGGCCGUCGUCACCGUCAGCGAGGAGUUGGACGCCGAGAACUAUCACGAUGUCGAUCGCAUCAAUGCCAGAAAAGACAACGUGCUCCGGCUAUGGAACUACCUGCUGGAACUUCUGCGAGCUCGUCGACUCCGCCUGGAGUUGUCUCUCCAGCUCCAGCAGAGCUUCCAGGAGAUGCUCUACAUCCUCGACUCCAUGGAGGAGCUCAAGAUGCGUCUGUUGUCGGACGACUACGGAAAGCACCUCAUGGGUGUUGAGGACUUACUGCAGAAGCAUAAGCUAGUUGAAGCUGACAUUAAUGUGCUUGGAGAUCGUGUCAAGGCGGUUGUGCAUCAGUCGCAACGGUUCUUGGACCAGGAAAACAGAGGGCUUCCGGCCAUGCGAGCCGACGGUGAUCGUGGAACGCGUGCAACAGCUGGAGGACGCCUACGCCGAACUGGUCAAGUUGCCGUGGAGAGGAGAGCGCGUCUGGAGGAAUCGAGGAGGCUGUGGCAGUUCUACUGGGACAUGGCUGACGAGGAGAACUGGAUCAAGGAGAAGGAGCAGAUUGUCAGCACUGGAGACAUCGGCCACGAUCUCACCACUAUCAAUCUGCUGCUCAGCAAGCAUAAGGCGCUGGAAAGCGAGAUCGCCAGCCACAAGCCACAACUGAUGGCAGUGGUUGCUGUGGGUGAGGAGCUAGUGAGGCAGCAGCACUUUGGCGCCGACCGCAUCGAGGAGCGGCUGCAGGACACGCUGGCCAUGUGGGGCCAUCUCCAGGACACCGCCGCCUAUCGACGCAAGCGGCUCGAGGAGGCUGUCGACUUCCAUCAGUUCUUCGCGGACGCGGAUGACGUUGACAUCUGGAUGCUGGACACUCUGCGACUUGUGUCGAGUGAGGACGUGGGUCGGGAUGAGGCCAACGUGCAGUCACUGCUCAAGAAGCACAAGGACGCCACUGAUGAGGUCAAGAACUAUGCGGCCACCAUUGAGGCUCUGCACCAGCAGGCCAGCGAAUUGGGCGAACAGGACCGACAGGCUCCAGAAGUGGUGGAGCGACUGGCGUCGAUCGACAAGCGCUACAAGGAGCUAAUGGAGUUGGCCAAGCUGAGGAAGCAACAGCUGUUGGAUGCGCUCUCUCUCUACAAGCUGUUCAGCGAGGCAGACGGAGUCGAGCAAUGGAUCGGAGAGAAGGACCGCAUGCUGCAGACCAUGGUUCCUGUCAAGGACAUAGAGGACGUGGAGAUAAUGAAGCACCGUUACGAUGGCUUCGACAAGGAGAUGAACGCGAACGCGUCGAAGGUAGCCGUGGUGAACCAGCUGGCCAGGCAGCUGCUGCACGUCGAGCAUCCCAACUCGGAGGACAUCGUCGGCCGGCAGAACAAGCUCAACCACGAGUGGGCCGAGCUCAGGGAGAAGGCCGAGGCCAAGCGAGAGGAGCUCACUCUGCGCACGGUCUGCAGACCUUCCACAUCGAGUGUCGCGAGACUGUGUCCUGGAUCGAGGACAAGAAGCGCAUAUUGCAGUCUACUGAUAGGCCAGACCGAACUCGCUACCUCGGCGGUAGUACCACCAGCAGACGUUUCAAAAGUUUGUCUGGCACGGCCAAGUGAAACUACCGCCGAGGUACUCCCUCUGCGGGAGCGAGCUCGCCUGGAAAUGGACCUGACCGGCAUCAUGACACUGCAGCGACGGCUGUCGGGCAUGGAGCGCGACCUGGCCGCCAUCCAGGCGAAACUGGACUCGCUGGAGGCAGAGGAGGCCGCUGCCAUCCGCGAGCGCAUCACGCAGAUACAGGCCAUCUGGGACCAGUUGACGCAGAUGCUCAAGGAGCGCGACAGCAAGCUCGAGGAGGCCGGCGAUCUGCACCGCUUCCUCAGGGACUUGGACCAUUUCCAGAUGAUGGAGUACGGCCAGCGUAUCACGGCCGAACCGAGCACCCAGGACGAUCCGCAGUACAUGUUCCUGCGAGAGCGGCUGAAGGCCCUCAGAGAUGGAUGGGAGGAUCUGCACCAGAUGUGGGAGAACCGGCAACAGCUACUGUCGCAGUCACUCAAUCUGCAGAUGUUCAAUAG